AUGUGGAGAGCUCGUGGCUUUAGUAAGAAGCUGGCCAAUGGACCAGGCAUCAGGCAACCAUCCAGCAGAAAAAGACAAAGGAUACCUUCCAUUGGUGAUGGGAGUCUACCGAGGUCAAAUGGGGCACUAGUAUCUUCACAUCCGUGUCUCCCUGAUCUAUAUACCCACACCAUCUUAAAUGGACACUGCUAUUAUUAUACUACAAGUAGCAGUAGUAGCAAUAGCAGCACUACCCUGCGACGUAUCCGAGAACAGGAAGGCUUGUCAAUUCCACAAGAUACCAUUCCAGCUACCCCGGCGAGUAAUAAGCAAUACAACAACAUCACCAAUUCAAAUAAUAAGAAACGGCUGCAAGAACACAGUCGACGAAACAAUCGAGACUUUCGACACACACAAGAAUUGAUAAAGGCCGCACAACAACGGCUGCAAGAAUUGAAAACCCUGCCCAGUUGGAAUCCGCAAGAUUGGAGAGAUGCACAACAGGUCAUGGAAUUUUGGUUGGCCACUUCCAAGAAUAAGGGCCAACAACAACAACAACAAAAGUUUCAUCUGUCCCUAGAAGAACACGCCAACACGGUACAGAAUGCACUGGAGUUGUUGGAGAGGAUGAUCCAGGAACAAAUGGCAAUUACUCAGCAAUCUACUUCGCAACAACAACAACAACAACAACAUCAACAAGACAAUCCAUGUGGCAGCCUUGCCAAGGUGAUUCUCACACGGACCAAAUGGCUCGACAAAAUCACCCGCCAUUGGCAACAGUUGGAAAAGAGAACAGCACAGCAGCAACAGCUGCCACCACAAAACACUUUCCACGAGGACUUUCUACAAAGGCUAGAGACAUUGGUGGAUGAUCCAUCCAAUAGCAAUGGAAUCCUGCUCAUGAAUCCCCGCAUCUACGCCAUGAUUAUGGAUGUGGCCGCGAGACAAACGGUACGAAUGGCAUCGUCCUCCACCAAACACAGUCAGGAAUAUCAUGCUGGAGGAUACAUGGCCGUGUUACCAACUCCCGAACUGAUUGCCAAGGUAGAUUACUUGGAAUCCAUCUUGUGGAAACAAAUGCCACAACGAAACAUUCUUCCCGAUACAGUCAACUACGCGACCGUGUUACAAACAUGGGAGUAUAUUGGGGAGGGGACUCGAGCACAGAACUGUUUGCAGAAAAUUUGUGACUUGUACGAAAACAGUCAAAAUGAUAAUGACGACAACAACAACAAAAUGGCGCAUACACCACCCAAUCGAGAGUGUUUUCAACACGUGCUAAACGCCUUUGCCAGAGGCCCCAAAUCGCCACAAACCGUGGACCAAUGCCGUCAAGUGAUGGCUCAAAUGCAAGACUAUCAUUCCACACGUGGACUCGACACGGCACCCACUGUACGAACCUACAAUACGCUACUAACGUGCCUCUUGCACAAUCCAUUCGUGCAGGAGCCCAUUGCACAAGCGGAACGACUCUUUCGACAAGAAAUGCCCGUGGAACUCCGGGACAAGCAAACCUACAAUAUUCUGUUGGAAAUGUACUCGAAACGUGGAAUGGCGGACGAGGCAUCGGCGUUGCUGCAGAAAAUGUACGAACUAUAUCAAGAGACACAAGAGGAACGAGUAGCACCGUACACCAAAUCGUUCAACUUGGUACUUUCGGCACUCAACAAGGCGCGGAAUUACGCCGGCGUCGAAGAACAAUUCCAGUUGAUGGAACAGCUGCAUGCUGAUGGGGCAUUGCCCAACAAUGUUGCACCGGAUCAAUUCACUUAUUCCAUUCUCUUGGAGAGUUGGGCGCAACAAGUCGGCAAGGUGCCAAAUGCCACGGAACGAUGCGACAACAUUUUGUAUACCAUGAAACGAUUAUCGAGCAACGCAGGAAACACCGUUCGUCCCACAACGGUCACGUAUUCCAUUGUCAUGAAGGCACACGCCAAGGUUGGAAACGCUAGACGGGUGGAAGAAUUGCUGGGGGAAAUGAUGGAUGAAUACAUGCAACGCAAAAAUCCAGAUGUUCGGCCCGAUUUGUUGGCGUUCAACACGGUUCUGUUGGCGCUUUCGAAAUCCGGACAGCAUGAUGCGGUCGACAGAAUACGUUUGGUGAUACAGCGAAUGGAGGAGAUUUCGGACAAGGGUCUUUUGGGGCGAAACUUUCGCGUGCACCCAAACGUGAGAAGUUACAAUGCUCUCCUACAAGCCAUCUCCAAGUCGGGGCGUCAGGGAGCAGGAGAAGAGUGUGAAAGACUUUUGAUGGAAACUAUGCAGCCAAAUCCACGAUUGACGCCAAACAUUGUCUCCUAUUCCUGCACAGUCCAGGCAUAUGGAGCUGCUGGUAAAGCAGAACAUGCUGAAAAGGUCCUGGAAAGCGUUUGCGACCGCUACUACCAGCAAGAUACAAAGUUGAAGGACGAUGGAGGCAUUCAGAGCUUGAGGCCGACUGUGCAGCUCUUCUCUACUGUAAUGGCAGCAUGGGCGAAGCGCGGGGCCCCGGAAAAGGCUGGAGCAUUGCUUGAACGUAUGCACGCACUGUCUUUGGCCGGAGAUUUGUCAGGAUCCAUUGACACUACUGUGUACAACGUCGUCAUGAAUUCCUGGGCAAAGUCUGGUAGAAGCGAUGCGGGGGCAAAAUGUUUGGAGAUAUUGGAAGAGAUGGAGCAAAGUGGCGGUACUGCUGCCCCAGACAGCAUCUCUUACAACACUUCGCUAAAUGCAUUGGCAAAUCUUGGAGACGGAGUGGGUUGUGAAGAGCUGGCAAAACGAAUGAAAGACGCACCAGGAGUCACUCCUGGUUUCGACACUCUUUCAACUCUCCUCAAGGCGUGGACCAACUCGCCAACAGUCAAAACAAAUAGUGAAAGAGUCGAGCUAUUGCUACAAAAACUUGAGGAGCUCCAAGAACUGACUGGAGUUGCUGCAAAUGUAGCUAGCUACAACGUCGUCCUGAACUGCCUGGCAAGGUCAAAAGAUCCAGUCUCUUCCCAAGUGGCCGAAGAUUUGCUCUUUGAGAUGGAGCGGUUGUCAUCCAAUGAGCCUGAUCGAGUGGCGCCGAAGGGUGCCAGUGUCAGACCAGACUUGAUCUCGUACACUACUGUGAUGCAUGCAUAUGCGAAUACUGGCAAUGCUGAGAAAUCCGAAGAGAUCUUGGAACGCUUGAUUGAAGAAUACGUGAGGAGAGGGCACAAGAGAAAAGGUCUGCAACCAACAACCCGAGCAUUUAACAGCGUGCUACGGGCCUGGGCACAAUACGCUAGGCAAAACUCCACUCCUGAUGCUCCAGCUCGGGCUGAAGCUCUAUUGGAAAGGAUGCGUCGUCUUCACAACACAUCUGGAGCCCCGGUUAAGCCCGACGAAAGAAGCUACAACCAUUUGCUGGAUUGUUGGGGCAACUCCGGCUUGCAAGGUUCUGCUGCCCGGGCCCUUUCCAUUUUAGGAGACAUGCGGGCUUCUGGAGAUAGCGACAUCGCGCCCACUACUGUGUCCUACAAUACUGUCAUUGCAGCCUUUUCGAGAUCUGGAGACUACGAGAAAGCAGAGUCUCUAUUGGAAGAGAUGAAUCGUCAAAGCCAAGCUAUGGGGGAAACGUCUGUAGUGAAGCCAAAUCUGAUCUCGUGGAAUUCUCUGUUAGCGGCAUACUCCAAGUCUCGUCAUUCUGCUGCUUUAGGGAAAGCAGAGAGAGCGAUUGCGAGGAUGGGGGAGCUGUUUGAAGCUGGGCAAUUGGAUGCAAAGCCCAACGUUUUGAGUUUCAACUGUUUGAUGCAGUGCCUUGCGUCGUCUGCACAGCCCUCCAACGAUGCAUCCGAGCGAUGUGAAAGAAUCUUCAGAGAAAUGCAGUCGAGAAGCCAUGCCGCUGAAGAUACGUUGACACCUAACUCGCACAGCUUUGUUGCUGUCAUCACAGCUUGGCUGAAGCAUGGCGACGCCGACCGUGCAACAUCUUUGGUUUUAGAACUCUGCGACAACGAAGAGGUGGAGCCAGACAUCAAGACCUUUCGUUUUCUCCUGAAGAGCCUUCCCUCGUCGGCUGCGACCAUUAGGCGACGCAUGGAAGAAUUGUACCCACAGCAAGGGGAUCCGGAUGUUGGGGACGAAUCGAAUCGAACGCAUGCUCUUGAUAUUGGCACAAUGAGUCGAGUCCUUGCUGAUUGA